AGCGGAAGCUUCAUGAUGAAAGUCAGUAAUGCGGAAAGAAGUUGCAAAAGCUUAUGAACAGUUUAAUGUCUACAACGAGAAGAUAGACUCAAAGCGUCAAUAAAGCCUAGCCAGCCCUUCAUAGUAAGUAACUGGACUUGUUCGUCGUGGCUGCUUUUCACGAUGGCAAUCCUUUUUGCUGUGGUGGCCCGGGGAACAACCAUACUUGCCAAACAUGCCUGGUGUGGUGGAAACUUUCUCGAGGUGACUGAGCAGAUUUUGGCUAAAAUCCCCUCUGAAAAUAACAAACUCACCUACUCGCAUGGAAGCUAUCUCUUUCACUACAUCUGCCAUGACAGAAUCAUCUAUCUAUGUAUUACAGAUGAUGAUUUUGAGAGGUCACGUGCAUUCAGCUUCCUUAAUGAGGUGAAGAAACGCUUCCAGACAACUUAUGGCUCUCGGGCACAGACAGCUUUACCAUAUGCCAUGAACAGCGAGUUCUCCAGUACUCUCGCUGCACAAAUGAAGUACCACUCAGACCCAAAAGGAUCAGAUCGAUUGACAGAGACACAAAUGCAGGUGGACGACUUGAAAGGCAUUAUGGUCCGGAACAUUGACCUUGUGGCUCAGAGAGGAGAGAAGCUGGAACUACUCAUUGACAAGACUGAGAACUUGGUGGAUUCAUCUGUCACUUUCAAAACCACAAGCCGCAACCUAGCCCGUGCCAUGUGUAUGAAGAACCUGAAAUUAACGAUUAUCGUAGUAGUGGCAUCACUUGUGGUGCUGUACAUCAUUGUGUCAGCUGCCUGUGGGGGCCUCACUUGGCCCAAUUGCCACAAAAAGUAGGAGGGUAUGGCAGAGCUGAGCUCCAGAUUGCACCUCCUGAUCCCGCUUUCUCUAUCUUGGAAGGGAAACAAACCACUGAUCAAAGACCGUCACAAACA